AUGAGAAGAAAACCCAUGAAAUAUAUUUUGAACCUGGCAAAGUUGUCAACACCUACAGAUCCAGUUACUCCAAUGCAAGAUCCUGUGAUAUCAACUAAUCCUGUAGUUAUAAAGAAAAGGGCUGAAAUGUUUUUAGGAGGAGUAUUGGCAGACAAGAAAAAGACAAAGAGUAUCCUUCGAGAAGAGUACGAAUAUGCUGAUCUGGAGAGGUGA